CCAUCAUGUUUAUUAUUUCUCUGGAAAUCGUCAAGGCAGGAAGCACGGAGUCUGGCGGAAGCCAUUCGUUCGCUCGAAAUUUUCACUCGCUUUUCCGACCAAACCUACCCGGAACCUAGUAGCUAGCGUUGAAACAAAACAAAGUGAUCGCAGUGCGUGUUGCGUUGUGUGUGUGCAUUACGGAAAAUUACGCCGGCAAUGCGGAAAUAGGAGUUAGAAGCGCCAGUUUCGUGAAAAUUACUACCUCUCUCACACUCACUCUCUCACACCUCCGUCAGCAUCAAGCGAACAAUAAUAAUCCACUUUGCCCAAAGAUCGAUUUAUGCCCUCCUUCCUCCCCAUCGUGCUGCUCAGAAUUGCGCCUGCAGCAGGUUCAUUGUCGCGUGUUUUCCCACCUCCAAGUGUGUGCAUGUGUGCUGCGUAGCCGUGUCUCUGUGUGUCUCUCCCUUCCCUCGUCCUGUGUGUAACGAUAGUGUUUCGGUGACAAUCAAUAGCGCCUACAGCAUCCCUAAAGUGCUACAACUCAGCACCCGCAACCCCGAGGGGAAAAGUGAAAGGUGACGAAAUUGUGUAUUGUGCGUGCGAGGUUUUUCCUACCGAGUGUCGGCGAAAAGGGUGAGAUAGUUUUCUCCCCACUGCGCAGUGGCUUUUUCUUUUGUGCACACACGCACACACAUACACGCGUAGUACCAUCUCACACCUCUUCGCUUGUCCGGAGGCGGCAGCUGCUACUGGUGUCAUCAUCAACACACACACACACACACCCUCCCGGUUCGGUACGCGCGAGACACAAAGCAACAGCAGCAACAGUAGGCGUUGUGUGUCGCGCGCGUGUGGCACAUCGAAACCAACCCCCUGGAAAAGAGCAAGUGCGAGACGUUUCUCACACGCACACACACAUACACACGCACGUCGCGGAAGCGCAAGGAUUUCCGUAAAGGACGCUUGAAUGUUCGACACGAUGAUGCAGCAAGCCGUAUCGAUCAAAGCCGAGCCGGACUGGAGUGACCUUUUAGUGGCGGAGCCGGACAAUCGCGCGCAAUACGCGCUCGAAAAUGUGAUUCGCCAGCAGCAGCAACAAUUGCUACAGCAGCAACAACAGCAGCAGCAGCAGCAACAGCAGCAGCAGCAGCAGCAACAGCAGCAGCAGCAACAACAGCAGCACCAACAGCAACAACAUCACCAGCAACAACAGCAGCAGCAGCAGCAGCAGCAAUAUCAUUUGCGCAAUGGGGCCGGUGCAAGCCUCACCCCAAAUACAAGCAACCCGGUCGCGAUUGUAAAUGGGGCAGGGGCGGCUGGGUCCAGCGCGAGCCAGCAAUCGGGAGGCGAUCCCAGCGAGGACAACGAACCGCUGGACAUGAUCGAGGCGAUCGGCGACUCGGACGACAACGAUUUUGCUGAGGCAGAAUCGCUCACGCUGCAGCAGUUCAAGAAAGAUGAAAAACUGUGCGAUUACUACCGCCGGAUGCCGGUGCUGUACGACAAGAGCCACCCGCACUACAAGUUCCAGUCGAAGAAGGAGAAGGCCUGGCGCGAGCUGAGCCGGCUGUGCGAGAUGGACGUGGAGCAGUGCAAGAAGCGCAUGACCUACUUCCGGUGUCGGUUCACGGUCGAGCGGCGCAUCAUGAAGAACGGCGUCAACUGCAGCGAGUGGCCCCUGCUCGAGAAGCUCAAGUUUCUCAACAAACACAUCAAAAUCCGGAGACCGCGUGCCCCGAACGGCGAACCGGACGAUACUGACGAUGAAACGAACCCGAUGAACAUUCUACGGAAGCGACAGCGCGAACAGCAGGAGGACGCCAAGGACGAUCUUCACGCGUACCUCGACCUGCAGCAGAUGGCCGUGGCGGCCCAGAACUCGCACGCCCAGCUCCAGUACCAGCAGCACCUGAAGCUGCAGGGGCACGGUCCGUUCGGGGGCCCGCCAGGGGCCGGCUUCCCGUCCGCGCACGAUCCGAUGGGACUGCAUCAUCUGCAGCCGCCGCAUCCGCACCAGCGCGACCAUCAGCUGCCACCGCCGCACGGCGCCAGUCAGCCGGGCGGCGGCGGUGGUGCCGUCGGCCAACCGGGCGGUCCGGCCGGCCAGCAGCACGGAUCGCACGCCGGCGCCGGAGCCCACCACCAUCACCAUCCGUUCGGGCGGAGCGGCAUGCCGACCGGUGGCCACCAUCCACACCAUCACCCGCACGGACCGGGCGGCAGCGGUGCGGCGAGCAGUGCAGUAGCAGCGGCAGCCGCCCUCCAGCAGCAGCAGCACGGUGCCGGUGGUGGUGCCGGGGGCGGCGCUACCGGCCAUCCCCAUCCCCACCACCACCAGCAGCCGACGCCCGUCGAGUCGCCCAUACCGGCCGCCAUGUCGAACGUGGAGGUGUCGUACGGGCUGCCGAAGCGGUCCCGCGUCGGCUACGACGGGGACGAGGCGUCCCUGUCCAACUUUAACCUCAACCGCACCGUCAAGUAUCAGAACAACCUGGAGCAUCAGGCCCACCUGGACGAGCACGGUGCGUACGGGCUGUACGUUGGCGAGGUGCUGCGCAAGCUGCCGGAACGAAUAUCCUCGCUCACCUCGCUCAAGAUCAUGCAGCUGCUGUACGAGGCGCAGGUGCAGUCGUUCGAUGCGGCCCCGUCCUCCGCCGCCGCCACACCGAAACCGUCCUCCCAGUCGAAGGGGGCGGGCGGUGGUGUCGGCGAAGCAAGCAAUGGGCCGGCGAGCGGUGGCGGCGUGGCCCCCGCCUCCUCCUCAUCCAUCGGCAGUCUGCUGGCGAACGGAGGCGGUGCUACCAGCGUUGCCUCGUCCGAGGGUGGCCGCCAGUCGACCGAGAGCGCGGAAUCGAUGAGCAACAACAAGGACUAGGUCCUGGCCCUCCCGUCCACUGCCGUCUGUCCACCGCCACCGCCUACCCCGUCCUCGGCGUCGCUGGUGCACUGGUGGUAGGGAACGGCGCGGCGGUGUGUUGUGUCAUUAGGAAGCGAGAGAAGAGAGAGAGAGAGAGAGAGAGAGAGAGAGAGAGAGAAGAGAGAGAGAGAGAGAGAGAGAGAGAGAGAGAGAGAGAGAGAGAGAGAGAGUUCGUCGCCCGCGCAACUAUUAUUUCUAUGUUUUUGUACUCAUCACACACAAACAUGCAAAACACACACCAACACAUCUACUCUAUCAUCAAGCUGGCGGCUGGCGCGGGGCUCAGUCGAGAUCAUCCAGUUCCUUCAACUCUCCAAGGAAGGGACGAUGUGCAUACAUAACAGUGUUUGUCCUCAUCUGUGUCAGCAUCUCAACCAUACCCGUCAUCCAUCCAGCUUCCCCUCUAAUCCGCUGUCACCCAUCGCUCCCAUCUGUUGUAAUGAUAAUGUAGCUAAAGUUAUUGAUAGAAAGUAUUUAGUUUCGUUUUGUGUAGUUUUAAAUGUAUUUUCUAAAGUAUAAAAAGUUUAUAUAUUUUAACGUGGGUGCGUACGUACAUGCACCGGGUGUACCACACACCCGAAGUCGAUUUGCGCGCCACCCCGACGGGACCCUGCCGCGGUUUGCGCACUCUGACACUAAGCCAUCUUACAUCCAGUCAUUGUGUAAAAUGUCCCAUUUUGGUCGACAAAAUCAACUAUUCUAGCCUUGUUUUUUUGGCUUUUACCAAGAUAGACAUGAAGCGCAAAAAAAAAUCGCAUCAAAAACAAGCUGAAUGUUUUGUUUCGCUAGCGCUCGCUAGAUGGCGCGUCCGUCGCCAGAGAGAGAGAGAGAGAGAGAGAAAGAGCGCGCGCUCACAAUUUUCAAUGGCGGGAAACUAGGUUUCGUGUUUUGUUGCUCUUCUCGCCCUUUCUUUUUGGCAGAAAAGUUCACCAGAAAAGCAAACCUGCGUUUUUAGCGUAUGUAGCAAUGGUGAGAAGAUCAAAGGUUAAUCCCCUCUUAGCGCUCGAAGCGCUUCAUUUUGCAAGAAGUACAUUGAUAUAUAUAUAUAUUUCUCAAGGAAAAGAUGAAACAAAUUAUUGAAUUUUAAAAUGCUUCUCAUCAAUGCUGCUGCUGCUGCCCUUUGCGGGUUCGGCAGCAGAGAAGAAUGUAAGAAGAAGAAAAAAACGCAUGAAUUUCCUCCCAUUUCGAAAUGCUAUGCCUCGAAACGUGUGUGUAUUAAUAUCGGUGUAAAGCCCCCGCGCGCGGGUCUCUCCUUAGCGCACUUAGCUGUGUUGGUCAAUUGGUCGACGUCCAACUCUUAUUUGUGCUAAUUAGAAUCUUCGAGGGUCCCGAUACGGCCGCCCACAACCACAACCUCUAGGGGGAGAUGGGGGGUCUGGAGGCGCGUCUGUGUGUGUGUCCCACGCACACGCCUCCGCUAAUGGCCGAGAGAUAUACAUAUAUAAGUAUGAACAUAUUAAAAACAAAAGAAAAACCAAUCAAUACCUUCUGUCUGUCCUCUAGGUUUAGCCGAUGUGUAUGUUGAGAGAGAAGGAGAGAGAGAGAGAGCAAAACUUUAAGCAUUAUAAUACAACUCCCCCCCCCUGAGAAAGGGCCGAAAUUAGAAAGCAGCAAACGGUGCGAAAGGUAGAGGAGCAGAAGUUUAGAAUGAAACAGAAGAGGAAAGCUCAUCCUCUCUGGUAUGUUAGCCAUGUAGCCGUGGAGUAA